ACAAAGAGAUCCUAAGAAAUAAGAGAGGGAAAGGGCUACUCACAUAAUCUUUUUAAAAAGGGAAAGAACAGUGUUGUGGGUUUGUUUUUUUUUUCUCUUCUGUUUGGAUUUCUUUUUAAACUUACGAAAAAUGGCAACAGCAGCAUAUGUGGAUCAUUUUGCAGCAGAGUGCCUUGUUUCUAUGUCCAGUCGUGCUAUUAUCCAUAGUCCCAAAGGGGAGCCUGAUCCCCAGCCUGAUGCAGCAAUACCUCCUUCAUCAAAUGGAGAAGAUAAGCGGGAAGUCAGAGAAAUCGGGAAAGACAAUGGAUCAUCAUUACUUGUGGUAGCUAGCAUUUUAGCAGAUCUGAACCAGCACGUCCCAAACUCACCCGCUCUAAGGAUGGAAAAAACAGAGACCUUUGAUAUCACAGAACAAAUACAUAUUUCUAUUGCUCCUAAGGACUUUGGGGAAGAAAGUGUGUCUUCGGCUGGUAAGUGUGGAGGAGGAAGAGCAGCCACACCUACUAGCCUGGCUGCAGUAACUGAGCCAAGCCCCAGACAAAAGAAGAAACGCACGAGAAGCUGGACUGACCCUGGAUCCCCCCAGAAAAAGCACAAAUGCCACUAUGUGGGGUGUGAAAAAGUUUAUGGCAAAUCUUCCCAUCUUAAAGCUCAUCUAAGGACCCACACAGGUGAACGGCCUUUUGAAUGCAACUGGCAAGGAUGUAACAAGAAGUUUGCUCGCUCCGAUGAGCUGGCCCGCCAUUACCGCACUCACACUGGAGAAAAGAAGUUCAGCUGUCCUCUCUGUGAGAAACGCUUCAUGCGCAGCGACCAUCUGACAAAGCAUGCCCGUCGCCAUGCCAAUUUCCACCCAAGCAUGCUCAAGCGGCGAAGUGGAAGCAGCUCAAGAACAGGCUCUGUCAGUGACUACAGCCGCUCAGAUGCCUCAAGUCCGACGAUCAGCCCCGCCAGUUCUCCAUAGACCUACCUGCACUGGAUGUCAGCACUUUGCCUCUAAUACCUAACGUGGAGUUUUGUUUGUGUUGCACACAUUUAAAAAACUCUGUCGCUUCCCCUCCUCAGUUCCUCACCCCCCGUUUGUUUUUUUUUUUUUUUAAAAACCAGUAAAUAGCUGCCUGCCACUGCAAUUUCUAGUCAAAUUUUCUUUACCCAACCACACAAGUGGCUAUUCUAACCUCAUGGACAGACAGACUUACAUGUUACACUUAGUGACUCCUGCUGUCUCAAUAUUUCAUACAUUUUGCAACCAUUUACAGAUCCUCUUGAUUAUUCUUUAUAAGAAAAUGAGAAAAUCUAAAAAAAGAAAAAAACCCCACUGAAUUCACCUCAGGUGUCAAAGUAGUUUUGUAAGACCGGAUUGCACAACAUGAGCAUACAUACACUUACAAAUCAACUGUGUUGGAUUGUGUCCCCCUUCUCCUUUCUCAGGGAUGGAUAUUUAUGUUACACAAUAAUUACAAUGAAGACACACCCUAACCGCAGCCUUACUCUGUAAAUAUAUUUGCACUCAGAAGCUUUUUGUUAGGCUCUUUCACACACUGGGGAAAAAAUAAAAAACAAACAAACAAUACAAAAACCAAACCAGUACUGGAAUGUAGUACCAGACUCUUCCAUUGUUUGUUUUCCUGAUUAUAUACCUACAUUGGGGAGUGUCCAAACAGGAGUCUUGUCUUUCUUCAAGCUGCCCUCUGCUUUUGGUAGCAAGCCGUCUUUUCACUUCAUGCUGAAGAUGCUCCAAAACCAACUUCCUAUUGCAAAAAUCUCUGUGAGGUUGAUAAACUUGUUUGUUUGUUUGUUUCAUGCUAGAUAAAAUUCUGAGAAAAAAUUCUAAAGAAGAUGCCUUAAGUAAAUAACCUAAAUCACAAGGAAACAUAUUUACACUGGGUAACAUUUUAUUGCAAGGUGGCAUGGAAUCUCGGAGGCAUUCUGUCAUCACUCUCCAAGUUGUUAAGCUCUCUGCACUGCCUGUUCAGUAUGGGACCAACAGAAUAUUCAAAUCACACCACACUAACUUGAACAAUUUUCUUUAUUCUUUUUUCCUUUUUUUUUUUUUUUUAAAUGAACUAUGGAAAUAGCAUAGCUGAACCAAUGCCCACCAAAACUUUUAUCAAGGUACUUACCUACUGUACAGCUGUAUCUUAGCAAGACAAAUUGGUUAAGACAUAGUUUCUGUGUCCUGUUGCAUCACAAUCGUGGUUACUGAUAAAAGGAAGCAAAAAUCAUAAGAUAUCUUCUGACUGGAAAAAUAAAAUAUGCAUUUUUAAGUUUUAAAAUAAAAUGACAUUUUAGCUCAGCACUACUAGAAGUUUCUCCAACAUACACAUAGCAGCAUAAAGUAAGGUGCUCUCAUUUCUGAAUAACUGCUUAAUAAAAAAAAGGGAAUCUUGGCUAGUUUUCAAUAACUUUCAAAUAUUUGACACUAGAUAGAGCACUAGGAGGUAGAUUGUUAUGUUUUAUAAGGUAGAAAAUCUAGCAAAAGACCAGGAGCAUUGUGAUGUACUGGAGACCUCCGUGGCAGCAAAUACACUUUCCUUGGUUUGGCUGGGUCUGAUGGUGCAUAUUAUAAAUUCAGGUCCUUUUGAUUCUGGAAUUUUUGGGGUAUCCUUGUUUUUACUGUAGGGUAUAAAUGCAGUUAAGUGUAGCAUGGUGAAAAGAAACUCUCUACACCAAACCUGCUGUUUGAUAUCAAGUGAAUGCCUCCAGAUUCCAAAUGAACCUGUAUCUUACUUGCUGCUUUGCAUUGAUCCAAUUUUGCAAGUUUUUAUUGUACUGUAUAUUAACUGUGAGAGGCUAAUAUAGAUUUCCAAGUAGUUUCAUAGGUACUUCCAUAAUAUUUACAUUAUUCCUAAUACUACACAUUCUAUUAGUUGUAUGGAUAAAUACUUAAAGACAGUUCAAUGUGCAGAUAUUUCAGUAUUUUUUUCAUGUUCAUUUGCUUCAGAUUUCACCUCUAUAAAAUCACAAUUUUCCCCUUUUGAAUUGGAAGUCAUGUGAGGCACAAUUCUACUGUUUCAUUGCACAGAAAAUGAAAGAACAUCAUAAGGUUUUUUUGCAAGACGACAAAUGUUGAGUUUGUGUGACGAGUUGCCUAACCACUGAGAGUUAGGGGAAAGCCAAGUCUGUUUGCCUCCAUAGAUUUCCUCUUCUUUUUUUCUUUUUAAAUCUCAUCUCCUGAGAUACACAAUUUUAACAACUUGAUACAAUUCAGGUAACAGGAAUUCACAUUCCAAUCAUUUCUGUGACUGCAAAAAGUGCUCUUGUGCUGUAGUUAGUAAAGAGGCAUUUAAGAUAUCUAGCUAAAGGAAUUCUACUGGUCAGCUGUGUCUUGUGCACAUACUUUGAAACAAGUCAUAAACACAUUUCAUUAUCAUUAUACCUUAAUAGAGGGAUAUGAGAGGGGAAAAAAAACCAACAAAAUCAAAAGGAGAACUAAGUAUCAGCAAAAAUCAUAGGCUUCAUGUUCUAAGUUCAGUUUGUUGUAAAAUCAUCUUUUCCAACAAGGGCAUCAUUUAAUCUUUAGCAAAGGAGGAACUACUCCAGUCCAUUUAUUUAGGGCAUAAUAAUUCAGCAUGAAUCAGGAGGUGCAUUACAAACAAGUUGUUUUAAUAGCCUGGAGAAAGAAUAUUCACACCAGGUUUUAUUAGUACUGCGAUUACGGGAUACAAAGAUUAUGGGACAACCUAUUCUGAGUGACACAAGAACUAUGUAAUCUUUAACUCAAACAGUAAACUAAGCAUUUUAUGUAUCUUCGUCAUAGAUAUUACUAAUAAUUCUCCAAGUUUAAGCAGGGAAAAAAAAAAUUGGUUCAAAGUCGAAUUUCCAGUUCAGCCAGUUCAUCUAAUGAGAAGGCUAUGAGACUAUAUAUAGCCAACAUAGCUACACUUUCAGGAAAUUCUCUGAAAUUUGUCGUUAAAACUUUUUUUACAUCUUAGCUGUAAAUACCUCAGAGUGUGUUAGGCUGACAGUCAAAUUACUAUGUUUUAAAAUCCUAGCUAGAGUUUCAAAUAUCGCCAUUAAAUGUUUAAUACCUGGUAGCUUUAGGAUAAAAUGAUGAAU